AUGGACCACGGGAAGACGAGGUACGACUUGUACCUCGCUCUGUCCGUCUGGUCGGAGCAUUCCAAACUGACCUUCAGGGAGGUCAACGGCGACCACGGCGACAUCCUCAUCUACUUCGAGAAGGGGUAUCAUGGAGACGGCUAUCCAUUUGAUGGGAAAGGGCAAGUUCUGGCUCAUGCUUUCUUCCCAGGUAGCGGUCGUGGAGGUGAUGUCCACUUCGACAUUGAAGAGCCAUGGCAUCUGACUGGAGAUGGAGACAGCAAUGGAGAAAAAACUAGUCUCCUGUCUGUUGCUGCUCACGAAUUUGGACAUUCUCUUGGGCUUGCUCACAGCUCGGUUCCUGGAGCACUGAUGUAUCCAUGGUACCAGGGCUUUGGCAGCAUAGAUCUCCACGAAGAUGAUAAGCUUGCCAUUCAACAAUUAUAUGGAGUGAAGGAAAAGCAAUGGGGAAAGAAUUCUGGAGAAAAACCUGUCCACAGAUGGCCACCAAGACCAGGAGUAAGGCCUAUUCCUACUACAACAACUACAACUACAACACCUAGGCCACGCCCAACAAGGCCACCAGAACCACCGACAACAGAAGCUCCUGAAGCACCCAACACUUGCAAUACAUCCUAUGAUGCAAUCGCUCUUAUCAGAGGAGAGGUGUUCAUCUUUAAGGGAAAGUAUUUUUGGCGAGUGGGAGAUGAAGGAGUCCAUAGAGGCUAUCCUGCUCUUGCAGAAAGACUUUGGUCUGAGCUUCCAAAGGAUUUUAUCGCCAUUGAUGCAGUAUAUGAACGCUUGGAUAAGAAGAUUGUUUUCUUCAUUGGGAAAUACUACUAUGUUUUUCAAGGAAACUUUUUGGACAAUGGAUAUCCCAAACCAUUGACCCAUCUUGGUCUUCCUGCUUCUUUAACAAAAAUAGAUGCUGCUUUGAUAUGGAGUCACAAUUCAAAAACAUAUCUAUUCUCAGGAACAAUGUAUUGGAAACUUGAUGAAGACUCAGGAAAAGUUGAACUAGAUUACCCAAGAGAUAUUCAAAGAGUCUGGAGAGGAGUUGAUUAUGACAUUGAUACAGCAUUCCAAUGGAAGGAUGGGAUUACAUACUUCUUUAAAGGCACAAAGUUUUGGAAAUUUAAUGACAAAUUAAUGAGGAUAUCUAAUGAGGCAAUUGAAUCCUCAGAAUUUUGGAUGCGUUGCCCUUCUAAACCAGGAAAUCGACCGACACCAAAUGACAUUCCAACUAAUAGACCCAAAGUAAAGCAUGGUCAGGAUGAAGAAUCUUCAGGAGCAGAUCUAGCUUCAUCUAUGACAUGGAUCGCUAUUCUCUUUAUAGUUAUUGCUAAUAGAAUAGCCAUUAAUAAUAGAUUAUUAUGA